UGCCACUCGAGAGAAUCUCCAGCUGAAGGCGGCGCGGCGUGGAUUCAGUCUGGCUGUGACGGUGGUGCUGAUAGGACCAAACCGGCGCUGCGCUCAGUCUUGCUUCUUGGAACUCCGCGUCUGGAAAAUAGACGGUGAUGGUGGUGGUGAGCGUGGGGGAGUGUGCCCAAGAAGGCGGCGGGAGAGGAAAGAAAGGAGAAGGAGGCAGAGCGAAAGAAGAUGGGAGAGGAGGAGGUGUGCCAGCCCCUUCACUGGUCCACUACCCAGUCCACAAGUGUCCAGGCAAAGGGGACUACCCGCCAGGAUACGACAGUGACUCUGGCAACAGUGACCACAGCAGCAGCGGGCGGGGCAGCGGCGGCAGUGACCUGGGCAGUGAGCUGGACCACCGCGAUGGGUCCCGCCUGGAGGACAGUGGCAGGUACAGUGCUGACGGAGAGGAGGAGUCCCGCCAGCAGCACUCCCCACAGCCUCCCCCUCACGCGCCCGACCCCACCUCGGCUCAGAGCAAGACAGAGGUCGACACCCACCCAUCCGACAGACCACAUCAGCGCAGCGUGCCCGUGACUCACCCCCCUGUGGACGCGCCCCUCUGCGGCCACUGCGUCCGCCGGAACCUCUCCUUCUUUGACCCAGACUGCGGUGGCUGCGCUGGCCUGCUGCGGCGCCCCUCCAUCACGCCCGCCCACUUGUUCGCCAUCAUGAGGCAGUGGGUCCCGCAGGUGCAGCAGAACAUCCACCACUUCGUGCGACAGGCCCUUGAGCUCGGGUGUCACGUGGACGACCGCGACGCCCUCACAGACAUGACGCUGCUCCACUACGCUGUGAAGGCGGGCAGCAAUGGUGUGGGGGACCAGGACACCGCCCUGCAGGUGGUGAAGGAGCUGCUGAGGGCCGGCGCCGACGUGCACCAGCGCUGCCGGUGGACCCACAUGACGGCCCUGCACUACGCCGCUUACUUUGACGUGGCGCCUGUCCUGCAUUUAUUGCUACGAGAUCCCAUGGGCGUGUGUGUGAACGACGCCUGCCUUGAGUACUCCGGGGGCACGCCGCUGCAUAUCGCCGCCGCCAACCUGUGUCUGGCCGCCGUAAGGGUGUUGCUGCACCAUGGCGCCCUGCCCACUCUCACCGACACCCAGGGCCGCACACCCUUCCAGUGCAUCCCCACCCCUGAACAGUACGAGCUGGUGCCUGACGUGCAGGAGGUCAUAAGUUGUCUCCGCAGCCUCCUCUCCCCAUCAGCCUCCCACGCUCACACACACGCCUCUCACGCUUACCCCGCCCACGGCAACACCGGCCAGGGCUCCUCCGGCAAGGCGGUGCUGAAGGCCAUGGGGCUGAAGCUUGGCGACCGCGUGCUGGUGAGCGGCGUGAAGACUGGCGUGCUGAGGUUUGUGGGCACCACGGAAUUCUCGACAGGACUGUGGGCGGGAGUGGAGCUGGAGACGCCCACUGGACGCCACAACGGCACCGUCAAGGGUGUCAUGUACUUCCGCUGUGCAAAGAACUACGGAAUCUUCGUGCCCAUGAACCGCCUGACGAAGAUCCCUCACGUGGGCGGGGGACGGCAGGGACGCUCCACCUCACAGGCCCACAGGCAACAUUCCCGCACAGCCUCGCGGCGCUCCGCCUCGCUGCCACCAGGGCGCGUCAACCAUGGCCGCGUGGACGUCUCCCAAGUGGCAUCUAAGGUGGCACAGGACAUCCGUGACACCACCCGCAAGAUCGUGCUGGGUGACCGAGUCUUCGUGGACAUGGGCCUGGGGAGCGGCGCAGCAAGGGUUGUCACCGGUACUGUUAAAUUCACUGGCGCCGUCCACUUCGCCUCUGGGUUCUGGGUAGGCGUAGAGCUGGACGUUCCCCGAGGCACCAAUGAUGGCUCGGUCAACGGCACCAAGUACUUUAUGUGUAGACCACAUCACGGUAUCUUCGCUGCGCCCUCCAGAGUUAUCAAGACUACCAAUGACAGGACGUCGGGUUGCCCUUCAGAGUUCCUCCAGGACGCUCAAUCUUUCCUAAGCCAUAGCCGCCACUCCCUCUCCUCCCACCACGGCUCGGCCCACGCCCUCCACCUGGCCACCAGCGGACCCCUCAGUCUGGGUUACUCUGCGACCUCUGCAAGUCAUGACACCCAGGGUCCCAGGAGUCUCGGGUGGGGCGAGUUCAUAGAGGCGACGUCAUCCACAGCCAAUCUAGGUCCCGAAUGCCACGAUUCCUGUUGCGUCACCUGCUCCACCUCCCAACACCUGCUGGAGACGAGCGGCCCUGCGUCUCUCAAAGUUACGCAGACGUUGAAGCCAGCCAUCUAUCCGGCCAACACCACCAUGACCAGCCUGAACAGAUCCUUCUCCGCCAGAUAUGUCACAUCUCGUCAGCGUCAGGAGGAACUUGAGCGCAUGGCGGAGGAGCGGCGUCGGCAACAAGUCUGGUGUGACCCGCCUAUACUGCAAGCAACUCCAAGGGCGCAACGGAAGAAACGUGAAAACCAGCAUUGGCUUGAGGUGGGCCAUAACGUCUUCUACAAGAACAUCGUCGGUGUCAUCAAGUACAUCGGCAAGGUGGACUUCGAGGAGGGCGUGUGGCUGGGCGUGGAGCUGCGGGCGCCCAAAGGAAAGCAUGACGGCACGGUAAAUGGCCGCCGAUACUUCAGUUGCCGCCCUCGUCACGGCAUCAUGGUGAAGCCCAACAAGGUGUACGUGAGGGGCAUCAACGGCGCCAAGCUGGUGAAGCCCGAGGACGAAGACGAGGAGCAGUGACGGCGACGCGGACGAGCAGAGAAACUAGGAGGCGUAUCAUAAUAUUCCUAACUUAGAGCUUUUGUGUGAGUCAGUAGGUUUACAUGGCAACAGGGUUCCUUCUGUCUUGUAGUUUUACUGAAAGUAUUUUUUUUUUUAUAUAAUAUAUUUACCGAUAAUUUGAUCUCUCUCUCUCUCUCUCUCUCUCUCUCUCUCUCUCUCUCUCUCUCUCUCUCUCUCUCUCUCUCUCUCUCUCUCUCUCUCUCUCUCUCUCUCUCUUUUCAAAGGCUAAGUAGCUAGCCUCUCAGAAGCUGGGUGAUGAAGAAACAGUUCGGUUCACGCAUCACACAUGUCGCUCUCUCACCUGCUUAAUAUUAUUGUACAUAUAGUUUUGAGAUCUGAAUCAUAAUCAAGUAUUCUAGUUUCAAAUCAGUUCCUCUUGAUAAGAAUCUAUGUAUCUAUGUAUCUUACUUAUUCAAGAGAUUCCUGUUGUCAAUGAGAUUAUUUACUACGAUGUGAACCAGCAUGGCAAACACAGCACAGCACAAGGCUUACAAAAUGCUUUAUAAAGAACCUGGUCACUGCACUUUGGGACCCUUGCACAAAGGUAAAGGGCGUGGGAAAAUCUGUGAGAAAGACGUGUAGGGCAGAACGGCGGCAGGUCAAGGGGCACAAAGGAUAGUCGCAGACUGGAUGUUGGUCUAUAGUUGUUUGUCCAUAGCUUCAUAUUAGCUUUUGUUCAAACAAUAAUGAGUGAGUGCACGGAGCCCCCGGAGGCACACACUGGCCGACUCUGCUGGUCCAGAGGCGCCGGGUGUGAGAGGACCGGGAGGGACGGGGCGGGCUCAAACUCUGCACCGAGUCUUAUUUCCAUUUCCUCGAAGUAAGCUUCAGGUAAACAAUGAGCAAAUUAGGUAUGUAUAUAUAUAUGUACGAGUAUGUCACGGCUCACGUAUCACCUUACCCCACCUGUAACCCCAGAAUCACGAAGUGCAAUAUUUUAUUACAA